ACCCAAACCCAUCAUCCACAAUCAAAACACAUCAUCUCUCUUAUUCUCUCUCAUCUGCCAAUGUUCUUCACCAUCCGACCGUUUGCAGCCAUGGAAACAUAGAUCCACCCACCAGAACCCUAACCCUAAGAAACCCAUCAGCUCCCCAAAACGAAACCCUAACCCUAAAUGUUCCUGCAAACUCCUCCUCCAACACAACCACCACCAUGGAGCUGACAUCCAAACCCUCAGAAACGGAGACACCCUCACCGCUCUCCAGGCCCAAGCCCUUAUCUUUCACCAACGGCGCACUCAAGCGCCACCACCCCCCUCCCGCCAGAACCCAAUACAGGGAGUGCCUGAAGAACCACGCGGCGGCCCUCGGCGGCCACGCCCUAGAUGGCUGCUGCGAAUUCAUGCCCUCACCUCUCUCCUCCCCCUCCGACCCCACCUCGCUAAAAUGCGCCGCGUGCGGCUGCCACCGCAACUUCCACCGCCGCGACGACGAAGAUGACAACGACGACGACACGGCCUACCACGCCCACAUUCCCCCAUCGAUCCAAUUCCCCCCGAAACGCCCGAAUUCCCAUUCUCCACCUCCAUACCUGUCUUCUGCACCGCAGAUGCUGCUCGCACUGAGCACUGGGUUGUCGUGCGGGCCUAGCGAUGCUGCCAAUGCCCAAGUGACGACACCCGGCACGAACCGAUCAUCGUCGUCGAUGGGACGGAAGCGGUUCCGAACGAAAUUCAGCAAGGAGCAGAAGGAGAAGAUGCAAGCCUUCUCGGAGAAGUUGGGGUGGAGAAUGCAGAAGCAGGACGAAGAAUCUGUGGAGGAAUUCUGCAAAGAGAUUGGAGUUGGAAAAGGUGUUUUCAAGGUUUGGAUGCACAACAACAAGAACACUUUUGUUAAGAGAGAUAUUAGCAGUAAUAGGGAUAUUAAUACUAGUAUUAUUAGUAAUAAUAAUGUUGACCCAGCUGAUAAUAACAGUAUUAGAAGCAAUGCCCAUCCCACGAUCAACGGCUCUUCUUCUUCUUCUUAAAAAAAAAAAAAAAAAGAACAAGAGAGAAGAAGAAGAGUUUUAUGGGUUUUUUUUUUAAUUUUAAUAUUCUCUUUUUCUUAUCUUAUCUUUUCUUCCUUUCUUUCUUUUAGUGAAGUGAAAGAAGAGAAGGAAUGGGGAAUUUUUGUUUUGCUUUGUGGCAUUCA